AUGACGAGCUCAAAAGCGGACAGUGUCUCGACUCGGAAGAGGUCCAACUUCUCCACGCGCACCGCACCGGAAGAUGAGUCUAGAUUAGACCCCAGCGAACCUGCAAAUGCUUCAGAGGAAACUGCACCACUGCUGCACUGGCCUGCUGGACAAGCUCAAACGUAUGGGUCCAUGAAUCCUCCGAACUCCGAAAUACCCAUUCGAUAUCGCUCUUCGCAUUCGAAAUUUGCAGAAUAUUUCUCGAGCUGGUGGAAGAAGUCAGAGAACGAUGAUGUGCUACCAAAUACCGCGCUUGAUGCAGGGCCGCUCCAGGACGCAAGCGUUGAUCAGAAAGGGAGAAGUGGGGAGAGAUACCGACUACUUGCGAUAUCGUACACAAUCAACCUAGUCACCACAAUGUCUUUGUCGGCUAUUGCAACAAAUGGCACGGUCAAAGGAGGAGGAGCAUACUAUCUGAUCUCGCGCUCGUUAGGACCAGAGUUUGGUGGCUCUAUCGGCAUAGUAUUCUAUCUGGGCUCAGUUCUGAAUACAGGAAUGAAUGCUGUGGGACUAAUCGACUGCUUUAAACAAAACUUUGGGGCUGAGACUGGCACCUGGUACAACUUCCUCCGGGAGGGGUUUUGGUGGCAGUAUUUAUGGGGAACCAUUAUUUUGCUUGUUUGCACCGGGAUUUGCUUAGCCGGUAGUGCUCUCUUUGCUCGAGCAAGCAAUGGUUUGCUUGUCAUUCUUCUAAUCGCGACACUCAGUAUACCAUUAUCUGCUGUUUUUAUGGAACCGUUUCGGGCUCCAAAGCUGGGGGUUCAUUUUACUGGCAUCAGUCUCCGAACGCUCAUGGAAAAUCUCAAACCUAGACUUACGAAGGGUGCAGACGGCAGUCAGCUUUCCACGCGGGAGACUUUUCAAGAUCUUUUUGGGAUUCUAUUUCCUGCAACUGGUGGGAUAUUUGCUGGUGCAAGCAUGUCAGGCGACUUGAAGAACCCCAGCAGAUCAAUACCGAAGGGUACUCUCUAUGGACUGGCUCUGACCUUUAUCCUCUACACACUUGUGAUUUUCGCAAUGGCGGCUUCCUUAACAAGGGACUCUCUAUACAAUAAUGCCAAUAUCGUGCAGAUUGCAAAUCUCUCUGGGGCUAUUGUUCUUUCGGGCGAGUUCGCAACUAGUUUCUUUUCUGCUCUGAUGGGGCUGAUUGGAUCUGCCAAGCUGCUCCAGGCUAUUGCCAAAGACAGCUUGCUUCCUGGGCUGAAUCUGUUCAGCAAGGGCACGAGGAAGAAAGACGAGCCGGUCCGCGCAAUUAUUGUAACUUUCAUCGCUGCUCAACUGACUAUGCUGUUUGACAUCAACCAGAUCGCGUCGUUCGUCACAAUGGCGUACCUCAUGACAUUCUUAGUGAUGAACCUUGCCUGUUUUCUGCUAAAAAUCGGAUCUGCCCCCAACUUUCGUCCUUCCUUCCACUACUUCAAUUGGCAGACGGCUGCAACCGGUACCUUGGUCUGCGGAGCUAGCAUGUUCUUUGUGGACGGGGUCUACGCCACUGCGUGUUUUGCUGUUUUGAUCACACUAUUCUUGCUGAUCCACUAUACUUCUCCUCCGAAGCCAUGGGGCGAUGUCAGUCAGAGCCUGAUCUACCAUCAAGUGCGUAAGUAUUUGCUUCGUUUGAAGCAAGAGCACGUCAAAUUUUGGAGGCCCCAGAUUCUCCUCUUUGUGAACGACCUCGAACACGAAUUUAAACUUGUCGCUUUCUGUAACUCACUGAAGAAGGGUGCGUUGUUUGUGCUUGGCCAUGUUAUUGUUACCGACGAUUUCUCGUUCGCCGUGCCGGAAGCGCGCCGACAACAGACCACUUGGACAAAGCUAGUCGAGAGCUUGAAGGUCAAAGCUUUCGUUAACAUUGCAGUAUCUCCUUCAGUUGAAUGGGGAGUUCGCAAUAUUGUACUGAAUUCUGGGCUAGGUGGAAUGCGACCUAAUAUCGUCAUUAUAGACCAGUUUCGGGAGGGUCGGUCUCUUGGCGAGUCAAUAUACCACCAUAACCACCAUUCACAUUUAUUAUCGCCAGAUGCUUCCAGAUCUGAGUCGUCGAAGAAACCGGCAGACUGCCGGACCUACGUUAGGGUGUUGGAAGAUCUAUUGUUCCAGCUACGUAUAAAUGUUGCCGUAGCCAAGGGAUUUGAGGAGCUCAAGCUGCCUGGGCAACGUGGAUCGGAGUCCAAAAAAUAUAUCGAUCUUUGGCCCAUCCAGAUGUCUGCUGAAAUAAACGCCAACAGUGAAACGAAACGAAACAUUUUGACUACGAACUUCGACACAUACACACUGAUCCUUCAGCUAGGUUGCAUUCUGAAUACUGUUCCUUCGUGGAAAAAGGCAUAUAAGCUGAGGGUAGCUGUUUUCGUCGAGUAUGAAAUUGACGUUGAGGAUGAGAGAAAGAGGGUUGAAACCCUCCUUGAGAAGUUACGGAUUGAAGCGGAAAUUCUGGUCUUCUGGCUCGCAUGCGGUGAUUUGAAAACAUACCGCAUCAUAGUCAAUGGAGACCCCCUUCCAGAAUGUCAGGACGUCCACGAGACGGUCCACAAAGUACUGAAGAAUGAAAAUUGGUGGGAGGAUGUUCAGCGAGGCCGCAGGAGCUCAGACGAGUCGUUAGGUUUGAGUUUGAUGAACAGGUCUAGGAGCUCGUCCCGUUUUGAUGUCUCGAGUCAGGAGCAUCGCCAGGCACGCCAUCCGCUGGCGGGCGGGGUGCGGAAGUUGAUACAGUCUUCCAAGCGCAGGCGAUCUAUUUCCAGCUUCAGAGGCAUGGGGGGUGUUAAUUUAGGCAUGCAAACACACCGAUUGCUAGAUGCCUUCGUCGAUGAUGACAGUAGUCCGAGCGACACUAGCGAUAGCAGCAUUGACACUGAGGGAGACGCGAGCGAUGAAGAAACAGCGAGUAUACACGGGACUACAACCUCACAGGAAGUCGAUAAGCCUUCAAUUUCGAAUCCCGGGACUCCAGUAGGGCAGGGACCCGACAUUCCGGCCAUUGUCGAACCGAGCACGGCGGAAUCUUCUCAAUCUCGGGGAAGUCGGCCACCUCUGAGUCGUUCGGCCUCGAGCAAUAGAUUCAGCUCUUCACCAAUACCUGAAGCUCAGGUCAAUACAGAUGAAGGCGCCGGGCCAAGCAUCAUGUUCGCCACAAACAUGUCGCCUCCUCGAUCGUCCCACAGAGCCGUCCAGUCCAUCUACAAACGUCGUUCCCCCUCAGAGGUAUCAUCAGAUAAGGCAAGCGCAUCCGGAUACCCGCAGCAAGCUUCGGUCGCGCUAUCAUUCAAUGAGCUCCCAAGUCGUGCGCAACAUCUGAUCUUAAAUGAGUUGAUUGCUAAACACAGCGGAGACACCGCUGUUGUUUUUACGACUCUGCCAUCGCCACUCGAGGGCACCGCAGAAAGCGAAGCCGCUAGUCAGUCGUAUCUGAGUGACCUGAGUAUUUUGUGGCAAGGCUUACCACCCACCUUGCUGGUUCACAGCAACAGCAUGACCGUGACGCUUAACCUUUAACGAGCUAUGAUAAUACGUAGGAAGGAUGGUGGUGAAUACAGCUCCGUGCAGAAUACGAGUUGAUAGGUUCAAUACUUGCCCUGGGGUUGCACGCUACUGUACGAAUGGAAGAACACUUAACGAGCUAUCAUACGUUGGGAUAUAACCGUAUCCUCUUCGCCUUCGGUUUUGACAUUGGUGGGCAUGGAUGUUGACAUCGGAGAAUACAUUGUAGCUUCAGUCCCGUGACAUUGCUUGUUCUGAACUCAGACCGGGUUU